AUGGCGUCGGAAAGGAAACGCGAUACCAAUACCGGUGAUGGUGAUGGAGAACGAAAAUACCGAAAGUUAAACAAUGAAGAUUUACAGGAAAUCAUAAAUAUGGUAAGAGCUAACAACAACAAUAAUAAAACGCGUAUCCAAAUCGCACCAAAGCGUAUUGCUGAUAUCGCCAAAAUGGCUCACGAAAAUAACUUACAAACAAAUAGGUCAAAACAAUCGAGGGAAAAAAGAAAUUACAAUGUGGAAGAUAGAGACAUUCAUGAAAUAGCGCGUAUUGUCGAACAGAAUAGGAAAAUGUUCGCAUACCUCGAAACACGUUUCGUGUAG